UGGCCUGUCAGGCAGAGGCGGCGUGGGGAGCGUUGGGAGCGGCCGCGGCGUGCGGGGAGCUGAGUCCUGUGAAGAUGGAGUUUCAAGCUGUGGUUAUGGCCGUUGGUGGGGGAUCUCGGAUGACAGACUUGACUCCCAGCAUUCCCAAGCCUCUGCUUCCAGUUGGAAACAAACCUUUAAUUUGGUACCCACUGAACCUGCUUGAGCGCGUUGGAUUUGAAGAAGUCAUUGUAAUUACAACCAAAGAUGUCCAAAAGGCUCUCUGCACAGAAUUCAAGAUGAAGAUGAAAGCAGACAUCGUGUGCAUUCCUGAUGAGGCUGACAUGGGGACCGCAGAUUCUCUGCGCCACAUAUAUCCAAAACUUAAGACAGAUGUGUUGGUCCUGAGCUGCGAUCUGAUCACAGAUGUUGCUUUACAUGAGGUUGUGGACCUGUUCAGAGCUUAUGAUGCAACACUUGCCAUGUUAAUGAGAAGAGGACAAGAUAGCAUAGAACCAGUUCCAGGUCAGAAGGGGAAAAAAAAAACAGUGGAGCAGCGUGACUUCAUUGGAGUGGACAGCACAGGAAAGAGGCUGCUCUUUAUGGCUAAUGAAGCAGACUUGGAUGAAGAGCUGGUCAUUAAGGGAUCCAUCCUGCAGAAGCACCCUAGAAUACAUUUCCAUACGGGCCUUGUGGAUGCCCAUCUCUACUGCUUGAAGAAAUAUGUUGUGGAUUUCUUAAUGGAAAAUAGGUCAAUCACUUCCAUCCGAAGUGAACUGAUUCCAUACCUAGUAAGAAAACAGUUUUCCUCAACUUCCUCACAACAGAGGCAGGAAGACAAAGAAGAGGAUCUAAAGAAAAAGGAGCUGAAGUCUUUAGAUAUCUACAGUUUUAUAAAAAAUGACAACACUCUGACUUUGGCUCCAUAUCAUGCCUGCUGGAAUGCCUUUCGAGGAGACAAGUGGGAAGAUUUUUCUAGCUCACAGGUGCGCUGCUAUGUCCACAUCAUGAAAGAGGGACUCUGCUCUCGAGUGAGCACCCUGGGGCUCUACAUGGAAGCCAACAGGCAGGUACCCAAAUUGCUGUCUGAGCUCUGUCCAGAGGAGUCAAUGAUCCACCCAUCAGCCCAGAUUGCCAACAGACACCUGGUUGCAGCUGACAGCCUCGUUGGGCCGGAUACACAGAUUGGAGAGAAGUCAUCUAUUAAGCGCUCAGUCAUUGGCUCAUCCUGUGUCAUACAAGAUAAAGUGACCAUUACCAAUUGCCUUCUCAUGAACUCUGUCAUCGUGGAAGAAGGAAGCAACAUCCAUGGCAGCGUCAUCUGCAACAAUGCGGUGAUUGAGAAGGGCGCAGACGUCAAGAACUGUUUGAUUGGAAGUGGUCAGAGGAUUGAAGCCAAAGCUAAACGAAUGAACGAGGUGAUUGUGGGAAAUGACCAGCUCAUGGAGAUCUGAGUCCUGAACAAGCCUGACCCCUUCCUUUUGGCCCCCAAACUACAGAUGUUGGCUGACCUACCUGUUUGACUCUGUAUUUAUUUUUCAAUAAAGAAGAAUUUCCAGGCUG